AUGUACUUCACCAGCUGCUCCAUGGGCUGCCAGCAGGCCAGCUGCACCCCCAGCUCCUGCCAGACGUCCUGCUGCGUGCCCGUGAGCUGCCAGACGUCCUGCUGUACCCCCAGCUCCUGCCAGACGUCCUGCUAUGUGCCCAGUCCCUGCCAGGUGACCUGCUGCGUGCCUGUGAGCUGCCAGACGUCCUGCUGCACCCCCAGCCCCUGCCAGAUGUCCUGCUGUGUGCCCAGCUCCUGCCAGACGUCCUGCUGCGUGCCCAUGAGCUACAAGCCUGCUGUGUGCCUGCCCGUGAGCUGCAAGCCCAUUGUGUAUGUGGCCCCCUCCUGCCAGUCCUCUGGGGGCUGCCAGCCCUCCUGCCCCACCCUGGUCUGCAGGCCUGUCCCCUGCGGCACCCCUAAUUGCAGCUGA